AUGUUAGUUUCCAUCAAUUCUUUGGAGACCGACUUUAUACCAAAUUUAUCGCCCAAGCAUGGCGAUGAUCGUCUUUGGCCAGGAACUGUCGAAGAUGUUGUGGGCAUUGUGAUAGCGAGCGGAGGUGAAGACGACCAUUGCGGCCUCAGACGAGAGCGCAGACGCACACACGCACCGCUGAACGGUUACCGGAUCAUCCAUCUUGAGAAUUCUAGUCUGUGGAACGAAAUCAGGGACUACAGAUCUAGAGCAUUAUCAAGAUCCCUCUGCUUAAUGCUGUUCAUUCUUAUAAGAGCUACGAGAAAAGCCUGCGAAAAAAUCAAGCCCCUUCCACUGUCUGUCUUUAAAGCAACAACGAUGAAGAUCCAGACGAGAACAAUGGCAAUUGUACUGGUUAUGAUAAUGCUGCUGAUAACGCCUUCUUCUACCUUCUUCUACCGCAAGUUCUUCAGGCCAUUGAGGAUAAGAGUCCACCGACCUACGAGCUCGGCCAAGUCCCCUCACAGGUUCGGUCCAGGUCCCAUAGGAUUCAGAGGGAGACGAAGCAUAUGAUCUUUAAGCCUGUGACCUGGGAUGCCUGAUGUUCCUUACUUGCAGUUGUUAAAUGCGUCACUACAACUAUUCACCUAUUACUGAUAAGAUGAUAAUAUGAUGUUAAUAACACAUAAGUGUAUAGUGAUGGCGGUUAAUAGGCGAUCGUAAAUUAUGCUAAUUGAUGACAAGGUUAAUGGUACUUUAGUUUAAAAUGGUGAUGAUGUAAUUAGCGAUUCUUCUAAGCUUUUUAGAUACUGGUGCAUGGGUCGUUGGUAUUGGUGUUACUGAUAAUGCAUCAUCACGUGCAGAUAAAUUAUUUGGUUUUCAAUGUCAUGAAAAAUUUCAUGGAAAUUUUGAGGGUAUUGCUGCAGAAGUAAAAGGUCUCUGGGUAAAUAAUGGGUGAUGGUUGUUCGGCCGUUCACGUGCAGAAGAAAUGCCACUUGGGGCUGUCGCAAAUGGAAUAAAUGUGAUGAAGAGGAAUUCGAAAUGACCUUCGACAAUAAUGUUUGAGAAAUGUGUAAUAAUGAAUAGUGAAUGUUUUUGAAUGAUUAGCGUGGAUUAAAUCGACAAAAAAGAUAAAUAUACAAUAGUCCAUUAAAGAAGAAAAGUAUGUACAAGGAGUUAUAUCGUAUUACUACAGAUGCAAAAUAAAUGUGUAUCAGUCAUAAAUUUUGAUGUCUUGUUCCUUAUGGUGUGUGUUUAUGAGUGAUUGUGUGUAUGUGUGUGGCUAAAAUUGACAAUAAACUAAUAUAAUAAAUAAAUAAAUAAAUUUGAGAAUAGACAUUCCUACCGACCGAAGUUAUUCGUCUUAGUACUUCCAAAGAACUACUGCAAACAAGUUGACGGAUCACGGGAUUAUAACCGCAGUACAAAUUAAUAAAACCUACUUGACAUAUUCAGUAUACCAAUAGUCAAUAUGCAGAGGUUACUCUGACAUUCCCAUAAUGACAAAAUGCGUGUUAAGUAAGGUACUUUAAAUGUACCUUGGUGAUAAAAAAUGAAUAAUCGUAUUUAAGUUGCGAAGGUUCUUUAUCCUCAAAGGAGUUCGAAAGCACUCUUGUCACCAGCCAAUUAACACGAUUGCUUUGUUUAAAUGUAAACACGAAGAACUAACCUUUUUUAGCAUUUGUCAAGGCUAACACGGCAACUGGGAACAAUCCCCAGGAAUGUGAGGGAACUCCCUUGGAGGUAAGGGUGAAGUUGAUGAGUUGGUGAAAUUCCUUUGUUAUCGAGUUUGAAGCAGUUUUGUAUGGGGAUAUUACAUCGCCCGCCGACAUGAAACUGCAUCUGACAAGCUAUGUAUCUAUUCUAUAUCGUUAUUUUAUCUAGCUUUUAUCUUUAUUAGUUCCACAUGGAAUAAAGUGGAUAAUAUUAUCAAGAUCCCUUGUGAA